UGUGAGAGUGUUUGGUGAGUAGUGCAUUUAUUUAUUAUGUAACAUGAUCGAGAGCUAAUAGUGUCCGGCUAGUGUCUGUGUGUCGUCAGUGUGUGCGUGCGUGUCAGUGAGUGUACGUGUGGACGCGGAUUCAAGGGCUGCCCCUCCUUCGCCUCCUGCUCCUCCCCCUCCUCUUGAGCUGACAAUCAACCCCAUCGGCGGAAAGAAACACACAUACACGACGCAACCAUCAAGUGUCCGGGUCCGGAACGACCGACCGAUUUUUUUCCUGAUUCGGUUCUUGGCCACCGUCGCCACCGCCAAAAAACUCCCGAUGCAUCUACCGGCGUCGACGGCCACAGCGGCCCAGAGCGACUGCCAGAGCCCCUCGAUGCCGACCACCAUCAACGACAUGUUCGCCAACCUGCACGAGAUGCUGCAGGAGUACCACGGGGAGCUGGUCCAGACCGGUUCACCGGCCGUCCUCUGCUCCGCCCUGCCGACGCACUGGCGCUCCAACAAGAGCUUACCGUGCGCGUUCAAGGUGAUCGCGCUGGACGACAUCCAGGAUGGGACGCUCGUCACGAUCAAGGCCGGCAACGACGAGAACUAUCACGCCGAGCUGCGCAACUGCACCGCGGUCAUGAAGAACCAGGUGGCCAAGUUCAACGAUCUCCGGUUCGUCGGUCGCUCCGGUCGUGGUAAAUCCUUCUCGAUCACCAUCACGAUCAGCUCCUACCCGUGCCAGAUAGCGACCUACACGAAGGCGAUCAAGGUGACGGUGGAUGGACCGCGGGAGCCCCGCUCCAAGCAGAACUUUGCCUACGGUCAUCCGGGAGCGUUUAAUCCGUUUAUACUGAACGCAGGCUGGCUCGAUGCAGCCUACAUGAAUUAUGCAUGGUCGGACUACUUCCGCCAGCAUCAGCAGCAGCAACAGCAGCAGCAACAGCAACAGCAGCAGCAGCAAGCGCUCCAGGUCCCACCACCCCCACCGCCACCUUCCACUCAGCAGCAGCAGCAGCAGCAGCAGUCGGCCAGCUCGCUCGGAUGUCUCGAUAAAGUUGCUGGUAGUGGUAGUGUCGGGAAUGGGCAUCUGUUGGGCAGUUCGACGGCUGCUGCGGCCGCUGCCGCAGCUGCAGCAGCAGCAGCCACGGCCGCUGCCGCCGCCGCCGGUCUCGCCAGCCCUGCCAGCGAGCUCGUGGCGCUGCGUUCCACUUCCGCCACCCAGCAACCAGUGCCUGUCCCAGCGGUGGGUGCCGCCGGUGUCGGGCCACCGAACGGGCUGGCCGGUGGUUUGACGCACCCGACCCUCCUCACCAGCCCCGCCUACGCCCCGCCAGCGGCCAUCACCUCCUUCGCGGUUCAUCCGGACCACCAGCAGCUGAAAUCACCUUUUCUGCCUUACGACAUCGCCGCCUUCCGCUCGACGGCCGCCGCGGCCGCCGCAGCGGCUGCAGCAGCCGCCGUCACCAACGGCACGCUCCGGCCAUCAGCCGUCGGUCAACAGCAGCAGCAGCAGCAGCAUUCACCACAACGACAGCAACAGCAACAGCAACAGCAGCUGACUGCCACCAUCACGCUACACCAGCACCAUCACCACCAGCAUCAGCCUCAUCCGGGUCAACAGGCGCCACCCCACCAUCACCACCACCACCAUCAGCACCAACACCACCACCAAUCGGCCAGCAUCGACUCAGCCUCUUCCCGCCUCUCGCCCACCUCAUCCCGUAACUCAACCGCCAGCCCGCCGCCCAUCAUUUCCUCGACGGCCCUGUCGGCGGUAGCGGCGGCGGCCGCGGCUGCAGCCGCCCUCGGCAAUCCGGCCGCCACCUCCACCGGCGCACCACCGCACGCUCUCCUCGCCCUCGGUACGAGCGGUUCGACGGCCAGCAACGGUGAGCUCUCGUCCGCCAACGAGGACGACUCCGAUGACGAACCGAUCGACGUGGUCAAGUCCGCCUUCAUACCGAUCCUGCGGCCACCGGCGGCACGGUCCGCGGAAACGACCGCCACCGGUAGCACCGCCGGAACGCGCGACAACUCGCCCGACAUCUGCUGCGAUCAGCCGGGUGACGCGGGCGAGAAACCGGCCACACCCGAUUCGACCACGGCCACGGCCCUGGUUAGCCACACACCAGCAGUACCACCAUCAGCACGCCCGGACUCGCCGGCUUCCAACGUAACAGCAGCAGCAACAGAGGCCGCCGGCGCCGCCACCGCCAUUGUCGUAUCGCCCCGUAUCGGGUUGCGGUGCGAUCUGAAGGCACUGUCGACGCGCAAACCGCUCCUCCACGAUUCGGCCCCGAUCACGGUCGUCACGGUUGGGGGUGGCGGGGGUGCGGGCCUUAUCGGGGCCAAGCAGGUGCACCAGUCGCCCGAACGGACCAAACUGCGCUCCCCAAACCUCAUCAAGCAGGCGCAGAAAACGGUGUGGCGACCGUACUGAAGCUACCACCGGGCCGCCGGCCGCCCUUCCUGCUUCCUGGUGCGCCGCCACCACCACCACCACCACUACCGCAUCCCCUCGGUGCCAUCAU